AUGAUUAAUAAUGAAGUUAAAACAAAUACACGACAAACAUGUACAUAUGAUCGUAUUCUUAUUAAUUGUGACAAGUUUGUGAGAGCUAUUGUACAAGGAAGUAAUACGACAGUAAACAUUCAACAGCGCUUUGGUAUGACAUUAGAUCAAGCACUUGACAUCAGUGAUCAUUUUCCAGUUAAAUUUGAUCUUAAUUGGUAA